UCUAGGUUUGUCUAGCUGCGGCAAGGUCAAGUACAUCUCUUGAUCGCGCGUUGCUCGGCCACGGGCAAUUGAUCGCUGAAGAGCUUACUCGGAGGGGGAGGUUGGAGGGGGUCUUGCAAUUAUUGUUUAUCGAGUAGUUGCCGAAAAUUGGUUGUUUUGGUUUGGUGUGCCGGGUGAGCACGUGUACGACGAGAUUUUGGGAGGGCAAAAAAAGAGGCAUUACCGGAGAUAUCUGCGCGCGCGUCGAGAACGAGCGAUAUGAUUAAUCGUGUUUCCAGCGUGCGCGCUCGGCUUAAUUUUGGGAGGAAGGGGAGCUUUUGGAUGAGCCGGUUGACGGUCUCGGUCGGUUUGGUAUAUUUGAUCUUGACGCUUCAGUGAGAACUCCGCCAUUAGAUCAUACAGGGCGACCUGGACGACGACGGUUACAAGAGGAGUGUGUUCAGUGUUCUAGUGACUUUGGUACGGCACGGAUUCUUCGCAGAUAACCGCGAUGCAGCGCCGCAGCAUCACGCCGACUCUCUUCCUGGUCGCGGCGAUCUUCUCCCGGCCGAUUCUGCCGCUGCUCUUCCGGGCCGAUUGCGUUUGCGAUCCACUUAACGCCUUUCUGGACUCACUUCCGCUGAAUCGCGAACGAACGGAUCAACUGUUGACGCUGGAUGGCUACCAAGGUCGAUCGUACCGCGUGGUCACCGCCGACGGGUACGUACUCAAACUGUACAGAAUUUGGCGCGAUCAACCUCCGUCCGCGAACUCCACCCAGGAAGCGAUCCUGCUCAUGCACGGGAUCCUCAACUCUUCCGCGGAUUGGUUGGCCCUCGGCCCAGGCAAGUCCCUCGCAUACCAACUCGUCGAUCGAGGCUUCGACGUGUGGAUCGCCAACAGUCGGUCGAGUCUCAACUCGCACCAGCACGAAAAACUAUGCACGUGCUCCAAGGAGUUCUGGAACUACAGCUGGCACGAGAUCGGAUACUAUGACCUGGCGGCCACGAUCGACAAGGUGCUGGAAAAGUCCCAGCAGCCGAAGCUGAGGUUGAUCGUGUUUUCCGAGGGAGGAGGUGCGGGGUUGGUGUUGCUAUCAACGCGACCCGAGUACAACGAUAAGCUGAGCUCGCUGGAGGCGAUGGCGCCCGGAGCGAUGGUUUCGAACACCUGGUACAGGUUUCUGGCGGGACCGCUCGCGAAAAUUCCCAAGGUUUUUAAGUCCCUCUACGCCCUGUACUCCACCAACCAAGUCACGGUGCAGGCCUGCGAGCGGGAGAAGAUCGCCUGCACCAACGUGUACUACCAGAUCGUGGCCGGCGAAAGUGCCGGCAUGAACCGGUCCGUGGUGGACCGACUGUACCAGAGUCUCCCGGCCGGGGCGUCCAUGAAGGAGGUCCAGCACUACAUCCAGGUCAUCUGGACCAAACGCUUCGCACCGUACGACUACGGCUGGGAGCGGAACAUGGAGCUGUACGGAAGCAAGGUUCCGCCGGAGUAUCCGCUGGAUCGGAUCACCGUGCCGGUCAACUUCCACUACGGGCUGGCGGACAAGAUCGUGGACGCGACCGGCGUGGAGUGGGUUGCGGCCAAGCUGAUCAACAGUGCGCGGGUGCGGAUGCGGGCGUACGACCGGCUGCAGCACUCGGACUUUAUCUUUGGCGAUGCGGCGCACCAGCUGGUGUACAACGAGGUCAUCAGGUGGAUCAUGGAGUGAUGCCCCUAGUUGGGUGCCAUGUUGUUGAUGUUGUACAGUGUAAAGUUGUUUGAAAUAAAGGUUGUACAGUUUGCUAGAUGUAAGAGUACUUCGAAAAUCAUGUUUCUUCCGGCAAUAGUCACACCUGACUUGUAGUGGGUCCUCCAGCAGCCAUAACCGGAAUCCAAUUAAGAUCCGAUUGCUCCCCACAGAUCCGUCUUCAACGGCCUCCAAGCGUGUCAAGUCCUUGACUUCAUCAACAGCAUCGAAUGCUC